AUGCGCCCCACAUUCCUCGUCCGUAACGCAUGGAACCUCACCCGCCCGCGUGGCCAGGUCUGGCAAGUCGCCCUCGCCUCGCCGCCAGACAACCGCCUGUCCCCACGCGUGUUUGACGAGCUCGCAGACCGCCUCGACGAGGUCGAGGGCCAAUGGCGCGAUGAGAACCGCGGCAAGGCUGCCGAGGAGAAGGUGGGCGGCGCGCUCGUCGUCACGUCGGAUAUCCCCAAGUUCUUCAGCAAUGGCCUCAGCGACCCGGAGCUGCUCAAGAACGCAGACUUUGUCAACAAUGUCUUUGACCGCGUCAACUACCGUCUCCUCACCUUCCCCCUCGUCACCGUCGCCGCGGUUAACGGCCACGCUUUCGCGGGAGGCAUGAUCACGGCCCUGUGCUGCGACUACCGUCUCGCCAGCACGGCCCGCUCCUUCUGGUCUCUCAACGAGCUUCUCAUCGGCAUCCCCAUCCCCGGUCCCCCCGCCGCCAUCAUGCGCGCCAAGAUGACCCCCAACGUCCUGCAGGAGGCCGUGCUCGGUAAACGCUGGACGCAGGCGGACCUCGUCUCCUCGGGCAUCGCGCACGAGGUAGUCGACGCCGACCAGAUCCUGGACCGCGCGGCCGAGCUCGGCGAAGAGGUCGCGCCCAAAGUCGCGCUGGGAGCGUGGGGAGCGAUCAAGGAGUCGCUGUAUGCCGAUGUGGGCGAGCAAAUGGCCAGGAGGCGCGCGGUGCACUAUCCAGAUGCCGAGGACAGGGCGUUCCAGCUGCGUAUGGAGAGGAAGAGCAGGGAGUGA